GUUGGUUUACUGUUUCUUCUAUGCAAAUGCUUGUAAAUGUUGAUAGGAAACGCUGUCUUACGAGGUGUGGGUUAGUGGAGGCUAGGUCGAUCCAUGGAAGAAGGUUUUUCCGAUGGAGACAUGGAUCCGAGGAGCUGAAUGUGCGAGAUCUAGCUUCAAUUGAGGGUUAAAUCUGAGCGGUCACGUUUCUUAGCUUUUCAUUGAAGCACAGAAUGGGUACACCAGUGAACAUUAUUGUAGGUUCUCAUGUAUGGGUUGAAGACUCAGCAUUAUCUUGGAUUGAUGGACAAGUAACAAAGAUCACUGGUCAGGAUGCUGAGAUCCAGACCAGUAAUGGAAAGACGGUUGUUGCAAUGUUGUCAAAAAUAUAUCCAAAAGAUAUGGAAGCUCCUGCUGGUGGAGUUGACGACAUGACAAAACUAUCUUAUUUGCACGAGCCUGGAGUACUGCAGAACCUGGCAACUAGAUAUGAACUUAAUGAAAUCUAUACUUAUACUGGAAACAUUCUUAUUGCAAUUAAUCCUUUCCAACGAUUGCCUCAUCUCUAUGAUACACACAUGAUGGAACAAUACAAAGGAGCACCAUUUGGAGAACUAAGCCCUCAUGUUUUUGCGAUUGCAGAUGUCGCAUACAGGGCAAUGAUCAAUGAGGGGAAAAGCAACUCCAUUCUGGUCAGCGGUGAAAGUGGAGCAGGUAAGACUGAGACCACAAAAAUGCUCAUGCGUUAUCUUGCCUAUUUGGGUGGCCGUGUAGCCACAGAAGGAAGGACCGUUGAACAACAAGUUCUAGAAUCAAAUCCAGUUCUUGAAGCUUUUGGAAACGCAAAAACUGUCAGAAAUAACAAUUCCAGCCGGUUCGGUAAAUUUGUUGAGCUCCAAUUUGAUAAGCAUGGAAGGAUAUCAGGGGCAGCUAUAAGAACCUACCUUCUUGAGAGAUCUCGUGUUUGCCAAGUUUCUGAUCCUGAACGCAACUACCACUGUUUUUACCUUCUUUGUGCAGCACCAGCUGAGGUUGUUGAGAAAUAUAAAUUGGGAAACCCUAAAUCAUUUCACUAUCUCAAUCAAUCAAAUUGCUAUGAACUUGUUGGUAUAAAUGAUGCGCAUGACUAUCUCGCCACUAGGAGAGCUAUGGAUAUUGUCGGAAUAAGUGAGAAAGAACAGGAUGCAAUUUUCAAAGUUGUUGCUGCAAUUCUUCAUCUGGGUAAUCUUGAGUUUGCAAAGGGGAAAGAGAUUGAUUCAUCUGUUCUAAAAGAUGAAAAGGCCAAAUUCCAUCUUCAAAUGACCGCUGAACUUCUCAUGUGUGAUGCUGAGGCCCUUGAAGAUGCACUCUGUAAACGUGUUAUGAUCACCCCAGAGGAAGUCAUUAAGAGAAGCCUUGAUCCUCUUGCUGCAACAGUUAGCAGGGAUGGUUUAGCAAAGACAAUAUAUUCUCGGUUGUUUGACUGGUUGGUUGAUAAAAUUAAUAACUCAAUUGGGCAAGAUCCUAACUCAAAAUCUCUCAUUGGUGUUCUUGAUAUCUAUGGUUUUGAAAGCUUCAAGGCUAACAGUUUUGAGCAGUUUUGUAUUAAUUUCACAAAUGAGAAACUGCAACAACAUUUUAACCAGCAUGUUUUCAAGAUGGAGCAGGAAGAGUACACAAAGGAGAAGAUUGAUUGGAGCUACAUAGAAUUUGUUGAUAACCAAGAUGUAUUGGACCUUAUUGAAAAGAAACCUGGAGGAAUCAUUGCUCUCCUAGAUGAAGCCUGUAUGUUUCCAAAGUCUACACAUGAAACCUUUUCUCAGAAGCUUUAUCAGAUAUUCAAAAAUCACAAACGCUUCAUCAAGCCAAAACUCUCCCGUACAGAUUUUACCAUUGCACACUAUGCUGGAGAGGUGUUGUAUCAGUCUGAUCAAUUUCUAGACAAAAAUAAAGACUAUGUUGUUCCUGAGCAUCAAGACUUGUUGAGUGCUUCCAAAUGUCCUUUUGUAGCAGGUUUAUUCCCUCUGCUCCCAGAGGAGACAUCCAAAUCUUCCAAGUUCUCUUCCAUUGGUUCUCGUUUUAAGCUGCAACUUCAGCAAUUGAUGGAGACAUUAAAUUCAACUGAACCUCACUACAUUAGAUGUGUCAAGCCAAACAAUCUUCUCAAACCUGCCAUAUUUGAGAAUGUCAAUGUCAUGCAGCAAUUGCGAUGUGGUGGUGUUCUAGAGGCUAUCAGAAUCAGUUGUGCAGGAUACCCUACUCGCCGUACAUUUUUUGAAUUUCUCAACCGGUUUGGCAUUCUUGCACCAGAGGUCUUGGAAGGGAACUAUGAUGAAAAGGUUGCAUGUAAGAAGAUACUGGAAAAGAAGGGUCUUACUGGUUCUCAGAUAGGGAAAACCAAGGUUUUCCUAAGAGCUGGCCAGAUGGCCGAGUUAGAUGCACGGAGAGCUGAGGUACUUAGUGGUGCAGCUAAUACUAUUCAGCGGAAAAUGCGAACACAUAUUGCUCGGAAACAGUUUGCUGCAUUACGGAAGGCUUCUAUUUGUAUUCAGUCUUGGUGGAGAGGAAGACUGGCUUACAAAAUGUAUGAGCUUAUGAGAAAGGAUUCAGCUGCUGUGAAAAUUCAAAAAAACAUGCGCAAAUAUCAGACCAGAAAUGCUUACAGCCGGCUUCGUUUGUCAGUGCUUGUCGUGCAGACAGGUCUAAGGGCAAUGGCUGCUCGCAAUGAUUUUAGAUAUAGGAAACAGACCAAAGGAGCAAUUGCUAUUCAGGCACGGUGGCGUUGUCAUAGAGCUUCAUCCUACCAUAAGAAGCUUAAGAGGGCAUCAAUUGUGUCUCAAUGCAGAUGGAGGGGAAGAAUUGCCAGGAGAGAGCUGAGGAAGCUCAAAAUGGCUGCAAGAGAAACAGGUGCACUUAAAGAAGCGAAGGAUAAGCUAGAAAAAAAUGUGGAGGAACUCACAUGGCGUUUGCAGUUGGAGAAACGCUUAAGGACUGACUUGGAGGAAGCAAAAGCACAGGAGAUAGCCAAAUUACAAAAUUCAUUGCAAGCUAUGCAGAUCAAAGUCGAUGAAACAAAUGCUUUACUUGUUGAGGAACGAGAGAAUGCACAAAAGGCAAUGGAAGAAGCACCCCCUGUCAUCAUGGAGACUCCGGUUAUUGUCCAAGAUACUGAAAAAAUUGAGUCUUUAACAGCAGAAGUGGAUGACUGGAAGACAUUGUUCCAGUCAGAAAAACAAAGAGCUGAUGAUUUCGAAAGGAAAAAUUCUGAAAUCCAAGAAUCAAGUGAAGAAAGACGUAAGAAGUUAGAAGAAACAGAAAAAAAGGUUAUUCAACUUCAGGAAUCGUUGAGCAGGCUUGAAGAGAAGCUUACCAAUCUAGCAUCAGAGAAUCAAGUUCUCCGUCAGCAGUCAUUGACCAUGGCACCCAAUAACAAGUUCCUUUCAGGACGCACUAAAUCAAUUAGUCUGGAUAUGCACGGGGCUUUAACAACAAAGGAACCUUCCGAAAUAGAAGAGAAACCACAGAAAUCUCUAAACGAGAAACAGCAGGAGAAUCAGGACUUGCUCAUUAGGUGUAUUGCACAACACCUGGGUUUCUCUGGCAGCAGACCAAUCGCUGCCUGUAUCAUUUACAAAUGUCUUCGUCACUGGAGAUCAUUUGAAGUAGAACGUACCAGUGUUUUUGACCAUAUUAUCCAGACAAUUGGACAGGCUAUUGAGACUCAGGAGAACAAUGACGUCUUAGCUUAUUGGUUGUCCAACGCAUCGACAUUGUUGUUGCUACUCCAGCGUACAUUAAAAGCAAGUGGUGCAGCUGGCAUGGCUCCACAACGCCGUCGAUCGUCAUCAGCUACCCUCUUUGGGAGGAUGACUCAGAGUUUCAGGGGAGCACCACAAGGUGUUAAUCUAUCUUUUUCCAAUGGAGGGGUGGUUGGUGGAGUAGAUACCUUGCGCCAGGUUGAAGCGAAAUACCCUGCUUUACUUUUCAAACAGCAACUUACAGCAUACGUAGAAAAAAUAUAUGGGAUGAUCCGAGAUAAUUUGAAGAAAGAGAUCUCUCCAUUGCUUGGGUUAUGCAUUCAGGCACCAAGAACAUCUAGAGCAAGCUUAGUCAAGGGAUCAUCCCGUUCACCUGCAAAUGGUACAGCCCAGCAAGUUUUGAUUGCUCACUGGCAGGGGAUUGUAAAAAGCCUUGGAAUUUUCUUGAGCACAUUGAAAGCCAAUCAUGUGCCUCCAUUUUUGGUGCGAAAGGUGUUCACACAAAUAUUUUCUUUCAUCAAUGUGCAACUCUUCAACAGUCUCCUAUUGAGGCGAGAGUGCUGCUCAUUUAGUAAUGGCGAAUAUGUCAAGGCAGGAUUGGCCGAAUUGGAACAUUGGUGCUAUAAGGCAACAGAUGAGUAUGCAGGUUCAGCUUGGGAUGAGCUCAAACAUAUCAGACAGGCUAUUGGGUUCCUUGUCAUACAUCAGAAGCCAAAGAAGACACUCGAUGAAAUAAGCCAUGACCUCUGCCCAGUGCUCAGCAUACAGCAGCUUUACCGGAUUAGUACAAUGUACUGGGAUGACAAGUAUGGAACACACAGUGUGUCCUCGGAUGUUAUAUCCAACAUGAGGGUGCUGAUGACUGAAGAUUCAAACAAUGCCGGCAGCAAUUCUUUUCUGUUGGACGAUGAUUCAAGCAUACCAUUUUCAGUUGAUGACAUAUCAAAGUCCAUGGAACAGAUUGACAUUUCUGACAUUGAACCGCCAUCCCUCAUUCGUGAGAAUUCGGGCUUUGUAUUUCUGUUGCCACGUUCUGAGUAAUCAUUUUAUCAUGUAACACUCAUCUGGAUGGUUUCUCUUCCUGUCUCCUUUCAACAUCACCUCAUUCAAUGUAGUUACUUCAGCUUUUGUAUAUUCACGUCAGAGCUCCUUCAGUUUGUUUGAUGACUCCCAUUGGGUGGGUUGAUGUUGCUUCUUCCUUGGAUUAAGGUUGUUUCCUUGACUUCCCCCUACCAUGUAUAAUCCAACACUUAAAGUAGGAACACCCAGCUGUUAAUAGGGACACCCUGCUGUUUCUAGUCAAUGAGAUGUUAGUUACUUCUCCCAUCAGUCAUAAGUUUGCCAUAUCUUUCUUGAGUCAAUUAUAUUUAAAAUUUCUUUUUAUGUGAACGCUUUUCCCCCAAGCCACACCUUUAUCUUCUUGAUGUAACAUGUAAUUCCAUCUGUUAUUCAUUGAUUCCCUUCCUUCAAAAGUGCCUAGUAAACCAGAUUUAUAAAAUGUUUCAA